UCAUAUAGUGUACUGUCUGACACGUCUAUCUGAGUGAGCUCGUGUUUACAUGACUGUUGUUAAAUAAAACAGAUCGAACAUACAGAUAUGUCCUUCAAGUACUUACGAUUUUGCACGAUCUCAGAUCGAGUCAUAACUUUAUCUACGAUACUUAGAAUAAACAUAGGGGUUCCCUUCAGCCGAACUGUUAAGGCGAACGUCUCAGUUGAAUCAAUUGACUGUCAACGUCCGAGAGUGAUAAUCAGUAAUCGAUAAAAAUAACGGAAGCGACGUUUCCACAUUCGAACCACGUACUAUAUUCGGACAUUGUGAUAUACAUACGCCAAGGAGCAGACUUUUAAUAACAACGAUAUUGGCUACGAAAUGGAAAACUUAAUAGUAGUGGAUGGUGACUUUGAAACUCAACUACGUCGCAAUUUGGUCCAAAGAGAGAUGUUGGAUAACACCUUCGCGCUACAAGCUCUCCUGAAUAACAAGUACGCCGUGUAUCAGACGCACUUGGAUUAUUUGCGCGCCGGCGCUCAGAUAAUAAGAACCAACAUAUACAGGACGUCCCUUAGUAAAUACUGUUAUCUCCCUCAGCAUGAAAAUCUGCCAAUUUUACAUACAUCUGUGCAGUUGGCCAAACAGGCCUUGUAUAAAUAUAACGACGAGAUGAGAUCUUACAGCUGCACAUUUAAAUAUCGAUCCCAACCUUUAUUGGCCGGUUCCCUCAGCAGUUAUUUUUCGAGUUUCGAGGAUGAAACUAAUGGUUUGAACAAUAUCACAAAUACCUCGGAGUAUUCCCUAUUUUUGUAUCACCGACAAAAUGCACGAGAGUUAUUAAACGCUGGCGUCGAUCUGUUGGCAUUCGAGUCUAUACCUUGUAUGUCUGAGGCGAAUGCAAUAGCUAACAUGCUGAAGUUCACGCCAAACAUUCGCAUGUGGAUUACGUUCUCAUGCCAGCCGAAUGGACUUUUAUUGGACGGAACACCCUUUACAAAAGCAGUUAAUUACUAUUGUGAUACCCUAUCCAGUCAAAUCUGUGCAAUCGGUGCCAAAUGUUCCUUGUCUAGCUCGAUGAAAUCCUUAAUGCGGGAGAUCAACAAGAAACAUUUUAUUCCGUUUGUGUUUUAUGCUGACAAAUGUCAUUUUUCUACAAAGGAAGCGAAUAGUGCAUCUAUUGCUGCGCCGCAGAACAAUUUCGUGGAGGAAUUGUUUGACUGCGGAGUACGUUACAUCGGCGGUGGUACCAACACUGUCGCGGAGGACAUAAGGGAGAUUCGUAAACAAGCAGACAAUUACAACUCCAAAAAGAAAAUUUUCACUUCACUCAAUUCAUGCUCCCACCAAAAUACGCUAAAUCAGUCGAAGUUAUAGUAACAAUAACUUUGUGAUCACUGCAUUUUGUGAUUUUAUGAUAUACUUACCGCGUAAAUAUUAAUGAACGAUAUUAUCUAAGAGAUCUAAAGUUUGUUACAAUGAAAUAAAUAUAUCUCUCUCAUUAUCUGCGUAGAGAAUGAUUAUGUCGUGCAUAAUGUAAUUAGAUCAACACAAUUCAAAAUAUGUAUCACAUGUUAAGACGAUUAAAAUCUGUAAACUUGAACAUAGAAUUGCUACAAUAGUUACUUGUACGCUAAUUGUAUACUGAGAAAAAAAUAUGGUUGAGUUAAUAAGACUUUGUUUGAAAUUACUAAAAUUCGAUAAAGCAAACGUUUAGGCAAUUAGCGAUUAUAUCGUUGCUGCGAAAAUUAUUUAUAUGUACAUAUAUAUAACUGAUUCAAUAGUUACGAUUUGAUUAUAUCAAUGCAACUUAUUGUUGCACUAAUAUAAUUUGUUCAAUAGAUACAAUAUAUUUUUAAAAGCGGAUGACCACCGAUUUGGUCGAUCUAUCUGCUUUCUUUCUCAAUGCAUAUAAAUCGUUUACUCAGUUUAUAAUAUAGUUUAAUUAACGAAAAAUAACGUUUAAUCUACCUUCCAAUGAUAAAUUGUACUAUCGUAUAUUCUUUAUAUAUUUUCGCGAUUUUCCAAAAUCGUGAAAGGAAUAAUCAUGUCUGACUCUAACCGUUUUAAUGUUAAUAGAAUAGAGAGUAUCGCUCUUCAAUUACGAAAAGGGAACAAUGUUGUUCAACGAUAUAUUUAACUAAAAUCCCUUUGCACGGCAUACAUACGAAAAAUAUUCGAUAGCAGUAAUAAUAGCUAUAUAAUAUAUGUAUAUAUAUAUAUAAAACUUAUUUGUUGAAACGCUAAUUAUUCGCAGAAUUUCAUAACGUUCACAAAUAUCCUCUUUUAAAAGCUUCCAUAACAGAUAAUCGACACGUCUAUCUGAAUGAGCUCAUGUUUACAUGACUGUUGUUAAAUAAAAAAUUGGACAUACAGAUAUGUCCUUUAAGUACUUAUGAUCUUGCACGACCCCAGAUCGAGUUAUAACUUCAUCUACAACAUACUUAGAAUGAACAAAGAGGUUCACUUCAGCCCAACUGUUAAGGCGAACAUCUCAGCUGAACUAAUUUACAGUUAUAUUCUCUCCGUCAACGAGAACGCCCGAGAGAGAUAAUCAGUAAUAGGUGAAUAUAACGGAAGCGACGUUUUCACAUUCGGACCGUAUUCGGGUAUUGUGAUAUACGGACGUCAAGGAGCAGACUUUCAAGAACAGCCAGCCAACAAUAUUGGCUACAAAAUGGAAAAGUUAAUGGUGCUGGACGGUGACUUUGAAGCUCAACUACGUCGCAAUUUGGGCCAAAAAGAGAAUUUGGAUAGCGCUUUCGCGCUACAAGCUCUCCGGGAUAACCAGUACGCCGUGUACAAGACGCACUUGGAUUAUCUGCGCGCUGGCGCUCAGAUAAUAAGAACCAACACAUACAGAGCGUCCUUAGAUUCCAUUAAAAAACAUUUACAUGUUCCUGAAAGUCCGCCAAUGUUGCACAUAGCCGUACAGUUGGCCAAACAGGCCUUGUUUAAAUAUCACGAGGAGACGGGUCCAGUUAAAAAUCGAUCCCGACCUUUAGUGGCCGGUUGUCUCAGCAGUUAUGCUUCGACUUUCGAAGAUGAAACUAAUGGUUUCAAACAUACUACAAAUUCCGUAUUCAAAUUCCUGAGUUGGUAUCAUCGACAGCGUGUACAACAGUUAUUGAAAUUUGGCGUCGAUAUCUUGGCAUUCGAGUCUAUACCUUGUAUGAGGGAGGUGAAAGCGAUAAUUGAGGUGCUGAAGUUGUAUUUAAACGCUCGCAUAUGGAUCACGUUCUCAUGCCAGCCGAAUGGACUUUUAUUGGACGGAACAUCCUUUGAAAAAGCAGCUACGUACUGUUGUAAUACUCUGCCCACUCAAAUUUAUGCAAUCGGUGCCAAAUGUUCCUUGCCUAACUCGAUGAAAUUCUUAAUGCGGGAGAUCAACGACAAGAGAUAUUUAAAAAUUCCGUUUGUGUUUUAUGUUGACAAAUGUCAUUUUUCUACUACGGAAGCGAAUGGUGCAUCUAUUAUUGCGCCGCAGAACAAUUUCAUGAAGGAAUUGUUUGACUGCGGAGUACGUUACAUCGGCGGUGGUACCAACACUGUCGCGGAAGACAUAAGGGAGAUUCGUAAACAAGUAGACAAUUACUGCCCUUCCAAAAAGAAAAUCACUUUACUCAAUUCAUACUCCAACCAAAAUACGCUAAAUCAUUCGAAGUUAUAACAACAAUAACUUUGAUCACUGCAUUUUGUGAUCUUAUGAUAUAUUUGCCGCGUAGAUAUUAAAUGACCAUAUUAUAUAGGAGAUCUAGAGAAUGAUUAUGUCGUGCAUAAUUCAAUUAGAAUCAACGCAAUUCAAAGUAUGUACACAUGUAAAGUUUACUGACAUUUAAAAUCUGUAAGCCUGAACAUAGGAUUGCUACAGUAGGUACUUGUUUGCUAAUUGCAUACUGAAAAAAAAUAUGGUUAAGUUAAUGAGACUUUGUCUGAAACGAUUAAAACUCAUUGAAGCAAACGUUUACGCCAUUGGACAAAUUACAUCGUUGCUGAAAUGAAUUAUAUAUAUGUACAUAUAUAUAAUUGAUUCAAUAGUUGCGAUUUAAUAAGUAACUAUAUUAAUGCAACUUAUUGUUGCACUAACGUAACUUGUUCAAUAGACACUAUUUCUUUGAAGGCGGAUGACCACCAAUUUGAUCGAUCCAACUGGUUUUUUCUCAGUGCACAUAAAUCGUUCACUCAAUUUAUAACACGCACUUAAUAAAUUGUUUGUACAGUUAAUUGUAAUAAUAUCGAUAAUUCUUUACAAUGAUAAUUUUUUCAAAUUUUUAUACAUUAUUUUGUUGCUAUAUUAUGUCGUUUAUUUAUUAUUGUAUCUCCAAAAUUAUUUAUUCUUUCUUUCAGAAUUAAAAGUUGUAUAAUUUCUGCAAUA